AUGGGUUACCCUUCCGAUCUCAAGGUCGUCUCGCGUAAGUUGACCAGCAACAUUGCCAUUGGUUCGCUGGCGUUCUCCCGCUUCAACGUCAUCAAUUUCGGUGCUCGCAUGGCCGCCAUCAACCACGAUGACUCCAUCAUUAUCUGGUCGGCGAUGCCCUACGGUCCUCAAGUCGAAGAAGUGAUCGGCUUGGUGGCCCAGAAACCGUUCAACAUAUCUCACCUCAUCAUCCCCGAUAACCAGCACACCAUGGCUGCGAAACUGUUUAAGGACAAGUACCCCCAGAUGAAGAUCAUUGCUCCCGAAGGUGUCGACGUUCCUGGCUUGCCUCUUGACUACGUUAUCACUUCGGACAAUGCCAACAAAAUUCUAGACACCGCUGCUUUGAAUAACAUUGGUAUCACUGACCCUGUCAUCACUGAGAAUUUCCAGUUUGUCUACUUGCCCAGUCACGCUAACAAGGAAUUGGUGACUUACGACAUUAAGCUGAAAACUGUGUUCGAGGCCGACUUGCUUUUCAACUUGGGCGUGUCGGAACAAUUGGAACAAUACUCGCGAGAAACCGGGUUCUCCGACCUGUUUAACCCUCACGGCGGGUUGUCGUUCCUUACCAGAUACAUGCAACCGCAUUCCAAAGUGGGUAACGGUCUUACCAGAAAGAUUGUCCACAUCAAAAACGCGGCUCCCGGGUUGCAAGCGAUUUACUCGUGGGACUUCAACACGAUUGUGCCGUGCCACGGUAACGUCAUCGAUAAGGGAGCCAAGGAUGCUUUCAAGUCGACGUUUGCUCCGGCGUUCACUAAUUAG